AUGGAACCCGUGGAAACCACUGCAGACUAUAGUGGCUAUUACAUCUAUGACCUCCCCACUCCUUGCAGCAAAGGGGGAGUCAGGGACUUUGGACAACUCUUCCUGCCACCAUUAUAUUCCCUGGUGUUCCUAAUUGGUCUGCUGGGCAACUUCAUGGUGGUUUUGGUCCUACUCAAAUACAAGCGGCUUAAGUCUAUGACUGAUGUCUACCUGUUCAACCUUGCCAUCUCUGACCUGCUCUUUGUCUUUUCCCUCCCUUUCUGGGUCUACUAUGUUGCUGCUCAUCAGUGGGUUUUCGGAACAGCCUUUUGCAAAAUCAUCUCCUACAUGUAUCUGGUUGGGUUUUACAGUGGCAUAUUCUUCAUCAUGCUUAUGAGUGUAGACAGGUACCUUGCGAUAGUACAUGCUAUUUUUGCCUUGAGAGCCAGGACUCUGACCUAUGGGGUUAUUACAAGUCUAGUUAUAUGGUUGGUAGCCAUCUUAGCCUCACUUCCUGUCCUCUUAUUCAGCACCUCUUACACGGAGAAUAACCAUACUUACUGCAAAGAGAAGUACCCUGGAAAUUCAACCACAUGGAAAGUUCUGAGAUCUCUAGAAGUGAACAUCUUAGGGCUCUUGAUUCCUCUUGGAAUCAUGCUCUUCUGUUAUACCAUGAUUAUCAAGACCUUGCAUCGUUGCAAAAAUGACAAAAAAAACAAGGCAGUGAAGAUGAUCUUUGCAGUCAUGAUCGUGUUCCUGGUAUUCUGGAUUCCAUACAACAUUGUGCUCUUCUUGGAGAUCUUGGUAGAACUGGAAGUUCUCCAGGAUUGCACCUUUGACAUGCAGCUAGAUUAUGCACUCCAGGCCACAGAAACCCUGGCUUUUGUUCAUUGUUGCCUCAAUCCGGUUAUCUACUUCUUCCUAGGGGAAAAGUUUCGAAAAUACAUCAAGCAACUCUUCAAAACCUGCAGGGGACCUUUAAAGCUCUGCAAACACUGCAGUUUUCUCCAAGUCUAUGCCUCUGACACACCCAGUUCAUCUCAUACUCAGUCUACUAUGGAUCAUGAAAUACAUGAUGCUUUGUAA